CUGAACUGAAAAUGCAAUGCUGCCACAUCCUUGAAAUAUGAAAUAUUUAUAUUCCACAACUCAAACAAAAUAUGAGGAAUGCUAUUAAAUACCACAAGCGACUCGACCAAUGAGGUAAGAAGAGGAUCUCAGGAAUGGAUGCAUUUUGCUGCUCCCAGCAUGCAGCAUUGUGGGACACGGAGGAGACUGGUGGAUGCUGAAGCUGAAGCGCGAGCUGCUGAGGAUUGAGACACGAGCGCAAGGGGAGCAUCAUCCAAACACUUUGUGAUACCAGAUUCCCAGCUGGCCUGACCGACCGACCCACCAGUCAGCAUGAACUACCUACGCAGGCGUCUGUCCGACAGCAGCUUUGUGGCCAACCUCCCCAACGGCUACAUGAUGGACCUGCAGAGUGGGCCUCGCCCUACCCCGCCCUCCUCCACCUCCAAUCCCGCCUCCCCAGCCACGGAGAGGCGAACGCCCCCCAGUCUGCCACCACAGGCCCCGGCUUCAAGCUCGGCCCCGGCCCCGACCACCGGGGGUUUCCUCAGCUCCUUCUCCAGCGUGGUGAAGACCGCCCAGUUGGCACAGAACGCCGCAGCAGCAGCCAAGGCUUCAGCGGCGGUGGCAGAAGCUGCACCAGCAGCGCCCGCCAAACCUGUCAUACGGAAGCCCAAGAUUCUACUGGUCAUCGACGAUCUGCACACAGACUGGGCCAAGUAUUUCCGAGGGAAGAAGUUGAACGGGGAGUGCGACAUCCGGGUGGAGCAGGCAGAGUUCUCAGAGAUCAACCUGGCUUCGUACAUGAACACUGGGUGUAUGAUUGAUAUGCAGGCCAUAAGAGGAGGAACCAAAGUGGUCAGAUCCUUCAAGCCAGACUUUGUCCUGAUUCGCCAGCAUGCCUACAGCAUGACUCCGGGCGAAGACUUCAGGAGCCUGGUGAUUGGCCUUCAAUACGGGGGAGUCGCCAGCAUCAACUCCCUGCUCUCCAUCUACAACUUUUGCAGCAAACCCUGGGUGUUUUCCCACAUGAUUGAGCUCUACCACUCCCUGGGCCCAGAGAAGUUCCCACUGAACGAACAGACCUUCUACCCCAACCACACCCAGAUGGUGACGACACCAACGUUCCCCGUGGUGGUCAAGAUGGGCCAUGCCCACGCCGGCAUUGGCAAGAUCAAAGUGGAGAACGAACUUGACUUCCAGGAUAUUACCAGUGUGGUGGCGCUGGCCAGAACCUAUGCCACCUCUGAGCCCUACAUCCUGUCCAAGUACGACAUCAGGAUCCAGAAAAUCGGCAACAACUACAAGGCCUACAUGAGGACGUCCAUCUCAGGCAACUGGAAGGCUAACACAGGCUCAGCCAUGCUGGAACAGAUCGCUAUGACAGACAGAUAUCGUGCGUGGGUGGACUCCUGUGCCGAGAUGUUCGGGGGCCUUGACAUCUGUGCUGUGAAAGCCGUCCACGGGAAAGAUGGCAACGACUACAUUAUCGAGGUGAUGGACAGUUCCAUGCCUCUGAUUGGUGAGCACGUGGAGGAGGACAGGCAGCUGAUCACUGAUCUAGUGAUCAAUAAGAUGUGCAGCGUGCUGCUCGGGAUCAACACACCACAGCCCAUCGCUGUGAAGCCACAGACGACCCAGCCAAGAAGGGCCCAAGGUGGGCAUCGCUCUGGCUCUAGUUCUCCCUCCCAGUCAGCCCAGGGUUCUCCUCAGCGAGCCCGCUCAGCUAACACCUCUCCCAGCCAGGCCUUCCAGCCCGGACCCAUCCCACCUCCCGUUGCCACCGGCCCCUGCUCCCAGAAACAACCUCCUCAACUGAACAAAUCCCAGUCGCUCACCAACACCUUCACUGAGACCCUGAAAGGGAACGCCACGGACGACGAGGCCAAGGCAGAGACCAUCCGCAGCCUGCGCCAGUCCUUCGCCAGCCUCUUCUCUGACUAACUUCAACAGACUCCUCAUAUCCAUCCGCCUACUAUCAGCCAUUAGCCAUCGGCCUCCAGAAGAGCUCCAAGCUACCAAUCUGUUACAGAGUGCGCUCAGUCAACCCACAGAGCAGAAGCUUCCUGUCCACCACUUCCUACUUUCUGUUCUUAUCCAUAAAUGGCAGGUAGAGAGCAUCCACCUCUCAGAAUCAUCCGUCAAAUAACAAAAAUACUAAAUUGGGUUAUAGUUCAUCUUGUACUGCUUGGUUGGUGUAGUUCAGAUGUCAGUUUGCAUUCUGUUUGUCAUUUCAUCAAAUGUUCAUCUGAUUCAUUCUUUUGUUUUGGUCAUAAUGUGUUUAUCAACUUCAAGGAUGUUGAUAUACUUUGGAAGAUAAAGGAUAUAUUGCAGUAUUUAGAAAUGACCCAUAAUAGUGUAUGAGCUCGGUUCACCAGCAAUGCUUAGCAUCUUGCCAGUCUCAUUUCACAGAAAUACUAUUGCCAUAUUGAUUGGCUGAUUUAGUUACUAUAUAAUUAUUUGUGAUUUUGCUUUGGCAUUUGAUUACCAAAGUGAUUUUUGAUUAAAAUUCCUUGUAUUAGGUCAAAAUAGUUUAGGCUAUAUACUGUACCUGUCAAUUUGCAAUUUUACGAGGCGGAAAUAUUAUCUUAAGUCUUCCAUCACAGACAAUUCUUCCCUAAGUUCUAAGCUUUAUGAACUAUCCAAUGUAAAUAGCGCUAUGAACUAUUUUUAAAAUUUUGGGCAUUUGAUUCACCCCCCCCAUCACAUUAUAAUAGAGAAGGACAGACUAAUCACAUGACUGGCUAGUUUAUUCUUUUGACUUUAAGUGCAAACAUUUUAAGUCUCUGCGCCCAAAUUGAUUUUCUGUUUAAGGUAUAAUUUUUGACUGGUAUGAAAAAUGACAAUUCUAUUUCAUGGAGUGAAUAUUGUCCCCAUACUUUAUUUUUAGUAAUUGCACUUCAAGUCGCACUAUCAGCAAUAUGGGUGAAAUUAAUCUUGCUCUCCAACUUGAUUUAAAUACAUUUAACAAUUAUUAAGAUUGUCUUUUCACUUUCAAACUGUAUUUAUUGUCCUGAACAUAUAUGCCAAUCAUAGUAAGGUAUUAUUAUCAAAAUGGACCAAAUUAUGUGUUUGUAUUUUAAAACCUGUGUUUGAAUUAUUUUGUCUCUGUUAAAUGUGAAAUGCUUCUACAAUUCAAAGUACUGAAUACUAUGAAAAGCCAUAACAAAACUAUGAUUCACUGAAAAUCUUGAUGUUGAUAAAUCAAAAUGUUUACUCGUUAUCACUGUGAGUGUUAGUUAUGCUUCUAAGAAUUCAAUCAUUUUGCUUCUACUAGUGAUGACUUAUAGUGUACAUGGUAUAAUGCUGUAAACUUGUGAAUGCCACACCUCCAUAUUUGGGUGCCACACAUCCAUUGUGAUUGAUUUACUCAUUUGUUAAUUGACCAUUUCAGUAAGCAAAUAAUGUUAAUUAACUACUGAAGAAAUUCAGAAUUGAGUGGUGAUGAGGUCACCUAGUAACUACCUCAAUUCCAGCAAGCUGUGAUGCUACUAGUAGUUACCACUAAUACUCUGGAGUGGGUGAAAUUAAGACAAAAAAAGGGAAUGGCUUUUCAUUUGACCUAAUCUGUGUGUCUGCAUGUAAUCCUACAAUUUGAAUCCUAACAUUCAUACAGUAAAGUUGAUGUACUGUGCUGUCUCUCAAGUAGUUAUUCUCUGUUCGUAAAAGGCAAUAUACACCCAUAGAUGAGUCUACUAUCUACAGUCAAUAACUAAAUGAAUAUGACAUGGGUUUUCAUAUCACGAUUUACAUGUCACUGCAAUGAAGAAUUGAACGGCAAUAGCCAUUAUAUUGAACGGCAAUAGCCAUGUGUUUAUUAAAGUGGGCCCAAUGCCAUUCAACAGAUGCUCAGAGGUCAUCGACACCACCGUUGAAUAGCCGUCCUCCUCUCUUAUUUCCUAUCCAACAAAACUUACCGUCACAUGUCCUCUUAUGGUGAGCAUCUGCUGGAAGGCAUUGUGUGCCCCCUCCCUGUGUGUUAUUGACAUAAGUGUGGCAUGAAAACUGACCCCCGGUGUGCCUCUGGUGGAACAGCGUCAUGUAAAUAAUUGCUGUUGUCUGGCUGCUUAUAAUGUAUGAAGUGUGCGAUGCAUAAUGUGUGUUUGUGUUAUUAAUGCAAGUCAUUGUAACAUUGUUUUGUUUAUUUGUUCAGCUUUUAUUAAAAGUGACAUAUUUUAUUACA